AUGCAAAUGGUCAAGGAUGUUCUAGCCAACAGUGAUAAAGUUUCAGAGGUCCUACAAGAGUCUACUCAUCAGUUCAACCUGCUUACUUCACCCACCUUCCUACCAAAGGUCAAGGAUCAAGGGAAAUUCACUCUCCCUUGCACACUUGGGCAUCUUGAGAUUGACAAUGCCUUAGUGGAUUCUGGAGCAAGCAUCAAUCUGAUCUCUCUCUCCAUGGCAGAGAAGCUAGGCAUAGCUGGAGCCUUGCAGCGCCCUACUACUUCAAUCAUCUUUGGAGAUGCAACUACUAAGUCUCCUCUUGGAGUGUUCAAGAACUAUCACUUGAAAAUUGGAGAAUGCAUCAUCCAAACUGAUCUCACUGUGAUGGAAAUGGAAGAAGAGAAGGAUUUGCCUUUGUUAUUGGGAACCCCUUUCCUUAGUACAGUUGGCGCUUCAAUUGACUUUCACAAGCAAGAAGUGAUCCUUCACAAGGUGAAUAGUUUGGUGUCAUAUCGCUUGCAGCCUAGAGGUUCAGACUUUUGUGCCACAAUUGACAGUACCAAUCUCAGUUCUAAGAGUCAUGGAGCUACAAAGGUUGUGAAGGAAAGGGUUGACAAGGAACCAAGAGUUGGGAAGGAUAAGGAUGAGAGAGGACCAAGGAUUGAGAAGCCACGUCUUGAGAGGGCUAGAGUUGAGAAACCACGAUCUGAUAGGCCAAGAGCUGAGCGACUUGUUCAAGCCCCUUGUGUGCUUGAUGAAGAGAGCCUUCAAGCUUUGUUUGAUGAGCCACUAGGAAGGGCUCUAAAGAAGGGGAGGAUGCAGCCUCUAAGGCAAGACCAGGAGAUAAAAGAAAGGAUCCACCAGCUCAGGCCCCUUCAGUCAAGCCAUCUCAGCUCACAAUGA